AUGUCACAUUCGAGCAUGUAUAAAGGUAGUGACAUAGACAAAGAAGAAAUAGGUGACGAAGAAUUUUAUGAAGCCAUUGUUGUAUAUGCUAAAUUUUGGGAUUGCAUUGGAGUUAUUGACGGGAAACGUAUUCCAGUAAUUGUGAGAGGGCGAGAUGUAGGCAGUUAUCGUAAUCGUCAUGAAAAAAUAUCACAAAAUGUAUUAGCCGCUUGUAAUUUUGAUUUGGAGUUCAUGUACGUUCUUAGUGGGUGGGAGGGCCCAGCUCAUGAUACUAAGCUACUAAAUGAUGCUAUAACAAGGAGGAAUGGACUUAAAGUGGCUCAAGAAUGUCAUUCUGAUGAAUUUCUAAUUGAACUAAUGGAUGAAACUUCAUCUUCAACAUUAUCUGUUAAUGAAGAUCAUAAUUUUGAGUCUAUUAUUCAAACCCAAGAGCAAGAGCGAGAAGAUGCUAAUGCUUGGAAGAUUAUGGAUAUGUGGAUGAAUGCUAUUUUGGAAGACAUGAUAUUAUAG